UGUCCCUAUGUCUGUUCCCAAGGGUGGACCCAGCCAACAGGGUCACCCUGUCCCUUUAAGAGAGGGGGGCGAGCUAGCCCCUCUCGGCCAUCCUGUCCUGUCAUCCAUCCCGGCCAAAUCUGAAAGGGAAAAUGAAAGAGGGACCAGGAGGAACAGGUCCCGGACAUCUCCCAAGAUCCCUCGCUCAACUUUAACACCUCAGCUCCAGGAACAGGCGCCAUGGGGGAGUGGGCGUUCCUCAGCUCGCUGCUGGACGCCGUGCAGCUGCAGUCGCCGCUGGUGGGCCGCCUGUGGCUGGUGGUCAUGCUGAUCUUCCGCAUCCUGGUGCUGGCCACCGUGGGCGGCGCGGUGUUCGAGGACGAGCAGGAGGAGUUCGUGUGCAACACGCUGCAGCCCGGCUGCCGCCAGACCUGCUACGACCGCGCCUUCCCCGUCUCGCACUACCGCUUCUGGCUCUUCCACAUCCUGCUGCUCUCGGCGCCGCCCGUGCUGUUCGCCAUCUACUCCAUGCACCAGGCCAGCAAGGAGCCGGGCGGCGCGGCCGCCGACGAGGGGAAGCCGGGCGGCCGGGGGCCCCCCGAGGGCGCCCGCCGCGCCCGCCGCGCGCGCCGCUGCUACCUGCUGAGCGUGGCGCUGCGCCUGGGCGCCGAGCUGGCCUUCCUGGCCGGCCAGACGCUGCUCUACGGCUUCCGCGUGGCCCCGCACUUCGCGUGCGCCGGCCCGCCCUGCCCGCACACCGUGGACUGCUUCGUGAGCCGGCCCACCGAGAAGACCGUCUUCGUGGUCUUCUACUUCGCCGUGGGGCUGCUCUCGGCGCUGCUCAGCGUGGCCGAGCUGGGCCACCUGCUCUGGAAGGGCCGCCCGCGCCCCGCGGCCGAGCGCGACAACCGCCGCAACCGGGCGCACGAGGAGGCGCAGAAGCUGCUCCCGCCGCCGCCGCCGCCGCCGCCAGCGCUGUCCCCGCGGCGGGCCGGGCCCGACCCCGACGCCCCGCCCGCCUAUGCGCACCGGGCGCCCGCCGGCGGCGACAGCGAGGGCGGCAGCGGCCGCAGCAAGGCGUCACUGGCCACGGUCCGCCAGGACCUGACCAUCUAGGGCCGCCUGGUGCACGGAGCCCAGGGCGAGCGCAGCGGCGGAACCCCGCCCCGCAGCCCAAGCAAGAAGCGGCUUCUGCUCGACCCGUUCCCAGGACCUGCCCGCGGGGGCGCGUCUCGCCUGGGGUGGCGGCCCAGCAGCCUCCGUUCGCACCUCCCUCGUGCUCCCAGCCGAGCUGGGACGUAGAAUGAACUGAGGCAGGUCCAGAUGCCGCGAUCCAGGUGGAAAGGAGGGCGCCCGCGGGAGGGGAGCCGAGGGAAAGUGGGCGAGCAACGCGUAAAGUGGGGUUCAGGUGGUGACCUGCUUGUUUCGCUGGGGACAAAAACAACUGCGGCACCAGCAUCCCGAGGCCCUCGUUCAGACACGUGUGGCCUCUGCGUGGGCUCCCUGUGUAUGUGCACACAGGUACACACGUACACAGUGGAGGUGUGUGCAUGUGCACACGUAAAACCUCUGUGAGCCCUCUUGUGUGUGCACGCAGGUGUAAUCCUGUGGCAACUCUGUGUGCACGUGUGAUUACACAUGCACAUCCGGCGUGGGCAUGUGUGUGCCCUGUGUCAGCUGUGUGGGGGGAAUCUCUGAUAUGCACUGUGGAUGAUCAGGGUCGGUGCCAGCAGCAGCCAUAGUGGCUCCCUCCCUACCUGCAAGGGCAUCACAGGAAGGCAGGGGAGGAGGUGCCCUGCACCUGGGCAGGCCUCCGUCUGGUCGGCUCCUGGGCACCAUCCACAGGUGGGCCCGGUGGCAGGGCCCUCCUCCUGGAGGUAGAAUGGGGUUGAGCAGUGGAUCAGAGGGGGAGACUUUUCACUUCUAGCUCCACCCUCCUUGCCUGCUGCUCUGUUCCCCAGCUCACAAACACGGCUGCGUCCCUUUCAUACUCAGAAGAAAUCUCCCCAAGACAGGCUCCCGGCCCUGCAUUUUCUUGCAGCCACCACCCUCUCCCCUCCUGGAGGAAUAGGAAGAGCUGUGGACAGGCUGCCUCCUGUCCUCCUGUCUCUCCUCUGCCGUCUGUCUUUCUCCUUUACUGCCCCAGUGGGGCUGGUUUCCAGAGGAUCACCCAGGACCCACGUGACACCCAGGGGCCACCCUCUGACUGCACCCUCAGGCCUGCUGCAGGCUGCCAUGACUCUCUCUGCCCCAUUUUCUCCCCCUUCCCUGGCCCUCCCCUCUCUGGCCCUCCCCUCUCCAUGCUCCUUCCAGCCUCCUCCUGGGCUCUCCUGCACAGACUACUCCACACAGCAGCCUGAGGGCACUUUCUAAAUAGCCCUCCCUCUGCCCGAGGGGCUCCCCUGUUCUCAGAGUAAGUCCAGCACCCUGCCCUCCUGCCCCCAUCCCCACCCCCACCCCCACACACCCAGGCCCUGCUUCUGAGGCUGCCAGCCCAUCGCUCUGGCUUCCCAGGGUGUCCGUGCUCCAGUCCACACCGAAGUUGCUCUUCCUACCCCCACAGUGACCAGUUUUGCUUCCAAGGGGCAGAGGCCACGGUUGCUGCUAAACAUCCUACAAUGCAUAGGACAGCCCCUGAGCACAAGAUGCCACUUGUGCUGUGGCUGAGACACUGCCUGACAGCGAUGAUCUGUGAGCCACUGUGGGCAACCUCAGGCUCUGGAGGGUCCCAGCAGCAAAGGUACGACCCCGGGGGCGGGGGGCACCUUGUAAAUGUAGGGGCCAUGGCUCUAGUCACAGGAGGGGGAGGACCCUGUUGGCUCAGAAUGCCAAGAGGUGCUCCCCACUAAAGAAGUUCCCACUGAACAUUUUCAUAGUGAAAACCUGUUUUCCAUACAGACCA